AUGACUGAGGAGACACUUAAAAGAAAAUUGGAUUCUGACGCCGUGGCCGAGACUAAAAGGGCAAAGGUUGAAUCAGAGUCGACUACCGAGAAAUCUGAUGAAAAAGUUGACACUAGCGUAACUACGGAGGGAGAAACGAAUGAUAAGAAGGAGGAGAUCAGUACAGAAAAUGGUAAGAGUGACGAGAAUUCGGUCGAAAAAGAUGCAAAAAAAACGCAACCCGAGGGAAGUGAAGCUAAAGGUAAUGACGAUACUGAUGAUGACCGCAAUGGCAAGGAGGAGUCAGCUGAGACCUCCGAAAAGGAGGCCCUGACAGAUAAUGACGCUACAUCCAAGGAUACUACUCCAGCGUUCGGCUCCAAGAGUUCAUUUGCGAACGCCUUCAAAAAAUCUACCGCAAAGCCAGACGUUUUCGCAUCCUCUGAGGAGAGGUCCACCACGGGCGUGUUUGGGUCUAACCUGCUGUUUGGAUCAAAGUCUAAGUUCGGUAAUGCUUUUCAGCAAGCUUUACAGAAGCCGUCUUUUCUUGAUAGUCCAGAACCUCAGGCUAAUGCGGAGGACAGCGUUGACGACUCUAGACCUAAGCUGUCUCAACAGUAUAAACAGGUCGAUUUGGAGGAGAAAGAAAUCACCACAGGUGAGGAGAACGAAGUGUCUGUCUAUUCUGCCAAAGUGAAGGUGUUUGAACUUGAUCUUGCGAACAUCAAAGAAGGCUGGAAAGAGCGUGGCGUUGGUCCUCUACAUUUGAACAAAUCAAAGCUGGACCCCAAGGAAGUUCGUAUAGUCAUGAGGUCACAAGGACUUUUGCGUGUUGUCUUGAAUUACAAGAUCACGCCAGAGACCGAACUACUCAAGGGAUUAGAGGCAAGCUUGUCACCUGGCAAGUUCCUCAGAUUGAACUCUGUCAACGAUGGCAAAGUAGUCCAGUACCUUCUUAAGUUUGCCAAUGAGGCUACCAGGGAGGAAUUGGUAAGCAAGAUUAAGGGUCUUCAAGAGGACAUGACAAAGUAG